AUGGACAGUACUUAUCACAAUAACAUGCAGGACACAGAAGGAGAAAACUAUCCCACUCAUAGUGAAGAAGGCCAGGACGGGUAUCCCUACCAGAGUGACUAUCCCGCCCAGGAGGAGGAUGCAGCCAGCGAUGCCACCGAGGGUCACGACAAGGACGAACAGAUGUACGAGGGUGAAUACCAGGGCAUCCCUCACCCGGAUGAAAUAAAAGAAGCGCGCCGAGCUGCUCGUCGUGAGGCCAAACUGAAGGCUAAGCUGGCCGCCCUGGAGGAGGAGGAGACGCUGGCCGAGCAGUACGAGAACAUCAUGGAGGACUGUGGCCACGGGCGCUUCCAGUGGACCCUGCUCAUCGUGCUGGGCCUGGCACUUAUGGCCGAUGGUGUGGAGUGUUUCGUAGUGGCCUUUGCCCUGCCCAGUGCGGAAAAGGACAUGUGCCUCUCUAACGCCAACAAGGGCCUGCUGGGUCUGAUUGUGUACGUGGGGAUGAUGCUGGGAGCUCUGGUCUGGGGUGGACUGGCUGAUAAACUGGGCCGCCGUCAUUGUCUCCUCUACGCUCUUGCCAUCAACUGCAUCUUUUCUUUCCUGUCGUUCUUCGCCCAGGGUUACGGGUUCUUCCUUUUCUUCAGACUGUGCUCCGGAAUCGGAAUAGGCGGCUCGGUCCCCAUCGUGUACACCUACUUUUCCGAGUUCCUGCAGAUGGAUAAACGGGGCGAGCACCUGAGCUGGCUCUGUCUGUUCUGGAUGAUGGGGGGGCUGUAUGCCUCCUUCACCGCCUGGGGAAUCAUCCCUCACUACGGUUGGGGUUUCAGUAUGGGCACCGAGUUCCAGUUCCACAGCUGGAGAGUGUUCGUGUUGGUCUGUUUUUUGCCCUCCGUGGCCGCUCUCGCCGGGCUUUUCUUUAUGCCCGAGAGCCCACGCUACCUUCUCGAGACUGCGAGGCACGACGAGGCCUGGAUGAUUCUGAGACGGGUCCAUGAUACCAACUGGAGGGCAAAAGGGGAGCCAGAGAGAGUGUUUCAGGUUUCCCAGAUUAAGACUCCUCACACACAGGACGAUGAGUUCAUCGAGAUCCAGUGUGAGACCGGAACUGCCUUCCAGAGAUUCAUAGUCAGACAAAUGACCCUGGUCAAGCAGGUAAUGAAGAACUUGUUGUCGCUCGCUGCCCCAGAACUGCGACUCCAUGGACUGUUUAUUGUGAUCGUUUGGUUUACGAUGGCCUUCGGAUAUUAUGGACUCUCAGUGUGGUUCCCCGACCAGAUAAAACACCUUCAGUAUGAAGAUUAUCAGUCAAAGACGAAGACUUUCCACCGCGAGAAGAUCGAACACUUUCAUUUCAACUUCACACUGCAAAAUCAGAUUCAUGUGGAGGGGCAGUAUACCCGAGACUGGUUUAUCGGUAUAGAAAUCAGAAAUGUGAAGUUUAAAGACUCCCGGAUUAAUAACUGCUAUUUUGAGGACAUCAAGUCUACAGACGCCUUCUUUGAAAACUGCACCAUCGAAAACACCGUGUUCUACAACACUGAUUUAUGGCGCGAUUCCAACUUUAAAGACUGCAAGUUUGUCAACGUCACGUUUUCUCAUCCUAAACGAGGCUGUCACCUGAACUUCCAGGAGGAAAACGACGUCCUGAUUUAUCUAGUCAGCUUCCUGGGAAGCCUGUCGGUGCUACCGGGCAACAUCAUUUCAGGGCUACUGAUGGAUAAAAUAGGGCGAAUCAAAAUAAUAGGAGUCUCUAUGCUGGUUUCUUCUGGCUGUACCUUCUCACUGUUCCUGUGCUUCAGUCCCGGUGCAGUGAUCACCUUCCAGUGUUUGUUCUACGCAGCGUGUGCCGCAGCCUGGAAUGGAAUCGAAGUCAUAACCGUGGAGCUCUAUCCGGCCUCGAAAAGAGCGACGGCUUUCGGCGUGCUGAACGGUUCGUGUAAGCUGGCCGCCAUCGUCAGCACCGUUAUCUUCUCUAAGUUUGUCGGGAUCACCAAGGUUGUCCCCAUCUUAUUGUCCUUCUCAGCGAUGGCAUGUGGAGGACUGCUGGCGUUUAAACUCCCUGAGACGCGAGAUGCCAUUCUGCAAUAA